UGCUUCUUCUUUCCUUCAAAUAACCUUUGUUUUAUUCACUACCUUUCUUUUUCAGAAUAAACAUCUUGUUUAGUCUUUUUGUAUGUUUUGAGUUCAAAUGGAGUUCCAUCUCCCACAUAUGCUUGUUUUUCUCACUAUUGCAUUGACGACAAGCCAUGCUGCAUUACCUCCUGAACAAUACUGGAACUCAGUUCUGCCAAACUCUCCCAUGCCAAAAGCUGUCACCGAUCUUCUACAGCCAGACUUCAUGGAUGAAAAAGGCACUUCAGUCGGCGUAGGAAAGGGUGGAGUAAACGUUAAUGCGGGAAAGGGAAAGCCUGGAGGCACCACCGUGAAUGUAGGGAAGGGCGGAGUAAAUGUUAAUACAGGAAAAGGAAAGCCCGCGGGUACUGCCGUGAACGUAGGAAAGGGCGGAGUAAAUGUGAACACUGGAAAAGGAAAACCAGGUACUGCCGUUAAUGUGGGAAGGAAAGGGGUCGGUGUCAACACUGGAAAGCCUGGAAAGGGCACCAAUGUCAGAGUUGGUAAAGGCGGAGUAAAUGUGAAAGCAGGACACAAGGGAAAGCCUGUACAUGUUAAUGUAUCACCAUUCAUCUACAACUAUGCUGCCACUGCAAAUCAGCUUCACGACGACCCAAAUGUAGCCUUAUUUUUCUUGGAAAAGGACAUGUAUACCUCAAAAACCAUGAACUUGGACUUCCCAGAUAACCUCAACAUAGCAACUUUCUUACCACGUCAAGUUGCUGAUUCCGUACCCUUUUCAUCUAAACAGUUGCCAGAAAUCUAUAGCCAGUUUUCAGUAAAACCUGGAUCAACGGAAGCUGAAAUGAUGAAGAAUACAAUCAAAGAGUGUGAGGCGAGUGGAAUAAAAGGAGAGGAGAAACUGUGUGCAACUUCUUUAGAGUCAAUGAUCGAUUUCAGCACUUCUAUACUUGGAAAAAGUAUCCAGGCAAUUUCAACAGACGUAGAAAACCAUACUCAAAGGCAGAAGUAUACAAUUACAGCUGCAGCAAAGAAGAUGGCGGCUGACAAUGCUGUGGUGUGCCACAAGCAGAAAUAUCCAUAUGCCAUCUUUUAUUGCCAUGCAACACAAACCACUAGGGCUUACGUGGUUUCCUUGGAGGGUGCUGAUGGAACAAAGGCCAAGGCCGUAGCAGUCUGCCACACAGAUACAUCAGCUUGGAAUCCUAAGCAUUUGGCUUUCCAGGUGCUCAAAGUUGAGCCAGGAAGAGUUCCUGUUUGCCAUUUCCUUCCUCAGGACCACAUUGUUUGGGUUUCCAAAUAGAAAAUUGCAGACUUUAGUUCCAUCUCUGCAGCCAGAAAAGUUUGCAUCAAAAUACUAUAAGUUCUACUUGUUUAGUUUCUAUAAUAAUGUAACUAUGCCCGUAAAAUUUGAUUCUACAUGCUUUCAGAGUUUGCUGUAGCGGUGUGCAGUAUUAAAGUAUCUCCUUCUGUUGUUAA